AUAGGUUUUCGUCGCUAACCAAAAAAUUCCAACUUUUACCAAAUGGCUCAAAAACGAGCAAACCAACAAAAGAAGCCGAAAUCUACUUCACAGGGAAUUAAAAAACGCUCUAAAGCAAAGAAGGAUUCCAAAAAAAGCACCAAAUACCAGCAGAAUCUGCUUUUACAAAAUCUUGAUGACUAUACGACGACACAGUCUGUUCUGAGAAUUGCCCACAAUUCCAAUUCGAAUGUCGAUCAAGUCUCUAAUUCAAUUGAGACUUUGUCUAUGAAUAAAAAGCAAUAAUGCAAAUUUAGCGUUUCAUUUCUUCAUUCAGUUGAGUCAAGUUUUUCUUUUUUGUAGUUGGGUUAAUUGGGUUUUAAUUUUGUAAAUUUGCAUUUUGGAUCCUUCGAGCAAGGUUAAUAAAAACUACUUUAUUUAUAUAUAUAUA